AUGGACCAACAAAAUCAUUUGGGAAAAGUUUUAGUUACAGCAUUAUAUGCUUUUAAAGCACAAAAUACAGAUGAAUUAUCAUUUGCUAAGAGUGAUGUUAUUAUUAUAACACAGGCUCCAACUGAUGGCGGCUGGUGGGAAGGCACAUUAGAUGGAAAUACGGGUUGGUUUCCAUCGAAUUAUGUUGAACAAAUUGUACAAAAAAUAGUUACUCUUUCUACUUCAAUGAGAUCCACUAGUUGUGUAUCAUGUCGAAUAUUUGGCUGUAAAACACAUUCAACACCAUCGACACAAAGUUCAUCUUCACAACAAUGUGCUGAAAUGAGAAUUCAUCGAGAAACAAUUCUUGAAGCAUUGCUUGAAGGUGAACAACGUUAUGUGACUGAAUUAGAAGAGUUUAUUUCGAAAACAAUUCAACCAUUGGCUCUUGCUCUAUCAACAUCAGGACAAACACAUCUUUACUUGGAUGUACAUUGUCUUGAUGAAUUAGUUAAAUUUCAUCGCCAUUUAUCACAUAUUUUACGUGAUACACUAAAAACACAACAUCGUGUUGGUGGAGUAUUUCUUCAAUUAGCACCAAGUUUAAAAUCAAUCUUUGAAGCAUAUUGUUAUCAACAUGCUAAAACACUUUUUUUACUCAAUCAUAAUAAAGAUCGAAUAUUAACAACUCUAGCAAAAAUUGAUCCAUCAAAUGAUACUAAUCAAUCAUAUAUACAAUUAAUUAAAAAUCUAUCGUUACCAUUAAAUCGUUUAGAAAAAUAUGCGAAUCUACUUAAAGAAUAUUUACAUAAUCUUGAAGAAUUUCAUAUUGAUCGUGGUGAUGCACAACGAGCAGCAGAAUAUUAUGCUGAAUUAGCUUGUUUGGGUGCGGAAUGGCGUAAACGGAAAGAAUGGGAAUUGGAUAUUAUUCAUAGUACUAUUCAUGGACUUGGUUCGGAAUCUUUAAAUUCAUUUGGUGAUGCAGUUUGUCUUAGUCCUGUUAAUAUACUCUCGGAGAAUCUUGGACAAAAUGCACUUGAACGUAUUGCUAUUCUUUAUCCAUCAACACUUUUUCUUCUUUCAACAAUAACAUCAUCAACUGCUCAACAAGAAUAUCAAAUUGAGAAUCGUUUUGUAUUAAAUCAAAUAACUAUUAGUAAAAUUCUUGAUGAUAAUAUUUUAGGCAAACGUGCUUUAAAAAUCAGCGCUCCUUCGAAUCAAUCAAUGAUUAUUACAUUUCCAAGUCCAGUUGAAUAUCAAGAAUGGUGUGAAAAAUUUUGUACAUUAUUAUCACCAAAAUCACCUCAAUCUCAUCAUCAUCUUAAUGCACCUUAUACACCUCAAUUAACUUCAAAAUCGGUAUCAUCAUUACCUAAUACAUCAAUAAAAUCAUCACCAAUGAGUACUCAUAAUAUGUCUUUGAAGACUCCUGCUCAAUCACCAAUGCCAAAAAAUAAUUUACCACCUCCGGCAUGGUCGAAAGGUUGUCUUCGACCACAUUCACCAUUAAGACCACGUCAACAAGGUACUAUUAUUGGUCAUUCGUCAACAACAACACUCGGAACAACUUCAAUGGGUUCACCAAUAUUAUCACAUGGAAGUGGAAUUGGUAUUAAUGAAUCAUCAACAAAUCCAAAUGAAACUGGAUCAAAUCGAACACUUCGACGUUUUAUGACAAUGAAAAAAUCUAAAGCAAAUGAAUUUCUUAAACGAGUCGAAACAAGUGAAGGUGAUUCACUGUUACUAUCAGUUAUUGAAGCAUAUUGUAUAUCAAGUAAUAAUAGUGGCACUGCUAUUGCUGGCUUAAAUACUUUGAUUGCUAAAGCACGACAUUCAAUAUCAGCCACUGGAACUACUACUGGUGGUAAUCUUGAACAAGCACUACCAUUAACUACCGGACAACAAAAUAUAUCUUCAGAUCAAUCAAACAUUCCACAAUUUCCUGUUCAAUCAUCGAAUAUAUCAACUACUGAUAUUGAACGUCGUGCAAUGUUCGAUAUGAUGAAUGAACUUCGUUCAGGAUUUAAAUUACUUCAACAUGAACUUGAAGAAGAAAGACGAGCACGUAGACAAUUGGAAAGUCAGAUACAACGAUUAAUUAUUGCAACAGCUGGAAAAUAA